UUGCGUUUCUUGGUCAAAACAAGUGUGUGGAAGAUGGCGACGGACGGAGGCACUGACAGUGACAGCGGCGCACACAGCAUGGAUAAAAGCAUAAUCCUUCCUCCGGAUGAAAUCUUUCGGAAUUUGGAAAAUGCCAAGAGGUUCGCAAUAGAUAUAGGUGGCUCAUUGACAAAACUGGCGUAUUACUCCACUGUCCAGCACAAAGUGGCCAAAGUGAGAUCAUUCGAUCAUACGGCCAAGACAAGCUUUCAGAACGACACAGAUGGAGACUCACUGUACGAGAUCUCGGUCCAGGAGGAGAUCACGGCUCGGCUCCAUUUCAUCAAGUUCGAGAACCGGUACAUCGAAACUUGUCUGGAUUUCAUCAAAGACCACCUGGUGAACACGGAAACCAAAGUUAUCAAGGCUACAGGAGGAGGAGCUUACAAGUUCAAAGACCUGAUUGAGAAGAAGUUAAAACUCAAAGUGGACAAAGAGGACGAGAUGUCGUGUCUUAUCAAGGGCUGUAAUUUUGUGCUGAAGAAUAUCCCUCACGAGGCUUUUGUUUACGCGAAGCACGCCGACCCAGAGUUUCGCUUCCAGAACACACACCCGGACAUCUUCCCUUAUCUUCUGGUUAACAUCGGCUCCGGGGUUUCCAUCGUCAAGGUGGAAUCGGAGGACAAAUUUGAGCGCAUAGGCGGGAGCUCCAUCGGUGGUGGGACGUUCUGGGGUCUUGGAGCUUUGCUUACGAAAACCAAGAGAUUUGAUGAGCUUUUGCAGUUGGCCUCUAAGGGACAGCACACCAGUGUGGACAUGUUGGUUAAGGACAUCUACGGGGGAGCAUCCGUCUCUCUGGGACUGCCCGGAUACCUCAUAGCGAGCAGCUUCGGGAAAUCUGCCACCACUGAUAAAGAGUUCUCCAAAGAAGACAUGGCUAAGAGCCUGCUGCACAUGAUCAGUAAUGAUAUCGGACAGCUGGCCUGCCUCUAUGCCCGACUGCACAACCUCACCCGAGUUUACUUCGGAGGAUUCUUCAUCCGAGGACACCCGGUGACCAUGCACACCAUCACCUACAGCAUCAAUUUCUUCUCCAAGAGCGAAGUUCAGGCUUUGUUUCUAAGACACGAAGGCUACCUGGGUGCUAUUGGGGCGUUCCUGAAGGGUGCCGAAGAAGACAAUCCCAAUCAGUACAGCUGGGAAGAAAACUAUGCCGGCAGUUCCGGCCUCAUGAGCGUGUCUCCGGAUCUGAAUCCUAUGCAACGGGCACGAAGUGGCACAUUUGACAUGUUGGAGAUGGACCGCUUGGAGAGGCAGCUGGUGAACCUGCCGCUCCUGCAAGACCCUUCAUCUUAUAUCCCCGACACCGUGGACCUCACCGAGGAUGCUCUGGCUAGAGACUACUGGCUCUACUGUUUCGAGGAAGCGCUGGAUGGGGUGGUGAAGCGAGCUGUGGCCAGUCAGAAAGACCAGCCCGAGGCCACGGAGAGGGCAGAGAAGUUCCGCCAGAAGUACAGACACAAGCUGCAGACGCUACGCCAGCAGCCAUUCGCAUACGGAUCCCUCACUGUCCGGAGUCUGCUCGACACCAGGGAGCAUUGUUUGAACGAAUUCAACUUUCCUGACCCCUAUUCUAAGAUCAAGCAGAAGGAGAACGACAUGGCGCUGAAGUACUACCAGAAGGUGGUGCAGUCUCUGGAGGAGCUGAGCUGGGAGCAGAGGCAGUUCGCGCUGGUCCGAGGCCUGCUGGCGGGCAACGUGUUCGACUGGGGAGCCAAAGCCGUGUCCGACAUUCUGGAAACCGAUCCCCAGUUCGGGUUUGAACAGGCAAAGCAGCAGCUGCAAGAGCGUCCUUGGCUUGUAGAUGCCUAUAACCAGUGGAUUGAACGAUUGAAGGGUCCUCCUCAUAAAUGUGCGUUGUUUUUCGUGGAUAAUAGUGGGAUGGAUAUCAUUCUAGGCGUUUUCCCCUUUGUAAGAGAACUCCUCAUUCGAGGCACAGAGGUUGUUCUCGCGAGUAACUCAAGUCCUGCGCUAAACGACGUGACUAACAGCGAGCUGCAGAUCGUCACUGAGAGAAUAGCUGCUAUGGAUCCUGUCAUUCAUGCCGGAGUAAAAGAGGACAGGCUGACAUUAGUUCAGAGUGGAUCCAGUUCUCCCUGUCUGGACUUGAGUCGAUUGGAUAAAGUCCUGGCCACAGUGGUGCGCGAGCGCGGCACGGACCUGGUGAUCAUCGAAGGCAUGGGCCGUGCCAUCCACACCAACUACUACGCCAUGCUGAACUGCGAAAGCCUCAAGCUGGCCGUCAUCAAAAACUCGUGGCUGGCCGAGCGGCUCGGCGGCAAGAUCUUCAGCGUGGUCUUUAAGUAUGAAGUUCCUUCCAAAUCUCAGGGGCGACAUUAAGAGACCGUUUCCCACGCGCACUCAUCUCAGCCGGGAGGAUAGGAUACGGCACGGUGAGCCGCCGCACACCUCCAGGACAUGCCGUCACGUCUGUGCCUCUGUGCCACUUUUUUGCGAUUGACCCGUUGAUUGUAUACACGAUGGUGGAAUCCGUUUUCUUUUUUUUUUUCUUCUUUUUUUUCAAUUCCAGUUAAUAAUAAUAAAUAAUCAUAAUUAAUAAAUAAUAAUAAUAAUAUGUGGGUCGCACUCAUCGCAUGUUCACACCUGCUCUGAAAUCUAGUGCUUCUCAAACAACCACUGCUGUAAUAUCUGGAAGGCAGGGUGAUUUCUGGGGGGCGGGGGGGGG